AUGCUGAAACUGGCGGCGCAUGUACCCGAUACCAGCCGACGUCUCGUUGAGGUCGAGGGAAUGGAGAGUCUCGGACUCAAUCCCCGUGAUGGAGAACAGCCGCUCCCUGGUUGUUCGCAACUCCUUAUCAACCCGACAAUGCUCAAGAUACCAUCCGCGCAGUUGAGAGCUCUCACCAUUUCGUACGGCUCCGGAACUCCUGACGCAAGACCAAAUGACAAGGCUCAAUGGAACCUUGGGAAACUCAAGAGCUUUUCGACUCUCCUGGCUACUCUGGCAAGAAGCAAAGAAGAUACGGUGAACAUCUACAAUAAUUUCAAUCAUCUCCUGAGUCGAUACAACGUCUGUAGCGGUGCGAAAUGCUUGAGCUCGGCGUUCGUCCAAGGCCUUCGAGGGGUACUGUACGUCUCCAUCAAGGCGACGAUCCAGGAAUCCAUCCAGAGCAUGAAGCAGGGCCAUCCUAGGGCUGACUUUGUGAUCAUUCUCUUGAAGAACAAGAGUAUCCCAGUUUACUCUGCUUUCAAAGACGUCUACAUGGCCAACAUCAUGAUGAAGGCGAAUCUUAAGUUUGGCGGUAGCAAUCAUAUUGUUCAUUUUGACAACACAGGCAUCAAGACCUCGUUGCACGAAACUCUGGUCCUUGGGGCAGACGUCACUCACCCCGGCAGUGGCUCAUUGGUUGGAUGUCCCUCAAUCGCUGCUGUGGUUGGCUCCAUCGAUUCCAACGCAGCCAAAUUCCGAGGCUCUAUGAGACUGCAGAGGCUUUGUAAGAAAGAGAUCAUCGACGACCUCGAACCCAUGGUCUCCGAACGCCUCAUGGCCUACUUCCGCGCAACCCACACCUUCCCCAAGAAAAUCCUCUACUACCGCGACGGCGUCAGUACCGGGCAAUUCGCCCAGGUCCGCGACGAAGAGCUACCACAGAUCCGCUCCGCCUGCAAAGCCAAUGGCAUUGCUAAUAUCAAAAUCACCGUCGUCGUUGCCGUAAAGCGCCACUCAACCCGCUUCUUCCCCACCUCUGUCGCUUCUGCAAACGGAAACUGUAGAACAGGCACUCUUGUCGAUUGUGCAAUCACCUUACCGCACUACUCGGAUUUCUACCUGCAAUCACACUACGGUCUCAAGGGAACAGCAAUCCCAACGCACUACAUGGUCAUCGCAAACGAAAUCGGAAUCAAAGAUAUAGAGCUCCAGGAACUCAUGUACAAGCUUUGCUACACGUACGCGCGGGCGACGCUCGGUGUAUCGUAUCCGCCUUCAGCAUACUAUGCGAAUCGGCUGUGCGAUCGCGGUCGGGCGUACCUGCGGAGCUGGUUCAGUCCCGACAGAGGUAGCGCAGAACAUCAGUCUUACGCGAAUCUCGUGAGUACUAUCAAGCACAGGGAGCAGGGCCGUUUGGUGCGGAGGAAGGCGAAUUUGGUGCCACAGGUACCGCAGCCGGGGAGGGGCGUGCAGAGGAAGUCGCCGGAUGAGAUUGCGGUUGAGAGAGAGCAUGAGAAGUUUGUGGAGAGCGAGAUUGAGAAGGUGGUGUUGAAUCGCGCGGUUUUGGAGUGGAAUCGCGCGCGUUCGGGGGGUCCGGGGCCUUGGGCGAAGGAGCUGGAUGAUACUAUGUUUUGGAUGUGAGUUGUCUAACUGGGCAACAUGUUGGAUCAGACACGCGCUGGAUAGUUGGAUUUUGAGGGGAUGUCUUCUCUUUGCUCUUUGGUUGUUCUUUCAUAAUCGUCUCUUUUCUUUCUCGUUUAGCGUAGACUACGUUCUCUCUUUCUUGUUCACUAUAAAAUGCUGGUUUUCUCCUUUCCAUCGGUAGACUAUUAUUUUCAAACUCAAUAGAACUUCCGUUCGACAUUAGGCCGCUUCUUUCUAUCA